UCUCUUCCUCUUUCUCUCUCUCUCUGUCAUUUCUGAACCACACAAACUCGCACACCCUUAUUUUUUGAACACGCACACAAGUUGUUCAGGUCUUCUCCCCUUUGUUUUUCUUGUGUGCGUCUUGCCCAACAUGGACUGUCAAAGCUUACUGGGAGAAAGUUAAAGCCACAGAAUUGCUGAACAGAACAUGGUAGAGCAUAUCAUGCUCCCAACACAGGGGUAUUUCUGACAGACAGUGCUUUUGGAGUUUAAACCUGAGGGAGAGUUUACUAUCUGUGGGAGAGAAAAGGUGAAACUUUGGGCUCUGAGGAAGAGAUAUCAGAAGGUGGGGGAGGUGAAGGAAGCGACCCCUUACACUCUUGCAUUCUGGAGACAGAGAUUGCUCGAGUUUGUUGAAGUAGUCUUUAUCCAGACUCCUUCUGAUGGAUCCUAGGAGAACCUCUUUCCCAAGGAUUCUCACAGACUACAGUGGCUUAAAAACAAACACACACAGUGAACAGUGAGGACCUGGUAUUAGUAUGGAGGCACUGAGGGAAUCUUUUCUCCUUUUAACCUUCCAGAUGUCAUCCUACAAGCGAGCUACCUCAGACGAAGAGGAGCUGAUAGACACCACCCCUGACAGAUUGUAUCAGUCUCCAACCGUUCAGGUGCUGGAGCAUAGACUGGGGUCCAGGUGUUGGUCUGAGCGAAGCCAUGUGGAGAAGAAGCUCCUUGUUGUGGUGUGUGGUCUCUCUCUGGCGUUAUUCAUAUGCAUCCUGACACUGGGUCUGCAUUAUAACGAGAAUAAAUGGGCAAGAAUGCUUGGACCCCUAUAUCAGACACACCCAGGGCUUUGCCUGACUGAACCAUGUGUGAGUGUAGCAGCGGCUGUAAUGGGAGCUCUGGACCGCUCAGUGGACCCAUGUAAUGACUUUUACAGUUAUGCGUGUGGUGGCUGGAUGAAGAAAAAUCCGCUACCAGAAGGCAAAUCACGAUGGGAUACCUUCAGCAAUCUCUGGGAGCACAACAUGGCAGUCAUGAAGAAUUUACUAGAGAGCACAGGUCAGCAGGGCCUGAGUCAGGCUCAAGAGAAGUCCCUGAAAUACUACAAAGCCUGCAUGAAUGAAGCCAAGAUCGAGGAGCUGGGAGCCCGUCCUUUACAGGAGUUCAUCAACCAGACAGGAGGCUGGGCCUUGAAUGGCCCCUGGGACAAAGACAACUUCCAGGAGGUUUUGCGCACUGUGUCAGCUAACUACCGCACCUCGCCUUUCUUCACUGUGUACGUCAGCACAGACUCCAAGAACUCCAGCAGCAACAUCAUCCAGGUGGAUCAGUCUGGACUGGGCUUGCCGUCUCGGGAGUACUAUCUCAACAAGACCACCAAUGAGAAGUAUCUCAAAGCAUAUCUGAGCUUCCUGGUAGAGCUGGGAGUCCUGCUGGGCGGCUCAGAGGAGACUUCUCGCACUUUGAUGCAGGAGAUUGUAGAUUUUGAAACUACCCUGGCCAAUAUUACGGUUCCUCAGGACGAGAGAAGGGAUGAAGAGCUCAUCUAUCAUAAGAUUCAAGCUAAAGAUUUAGCAACACUAGCUCCUGCAGUGGACUGGAUGCCUUUUCUCAAAGCAGUGUUUGCUCCAGUUGCUCUUAAUGAAUCAGAGCCUGUGGUGCUCUAUGCCACUGACUACCUCCAGAAAGUUUCACAGCUUAUUAGCAAAACCAACAAGAGCACGCUGAAUAACUACAUGAUCAUGAAAGUGGUGAGGAAGAUGGUGUCCAUAUUGGACCAGAGAUUCCAGGAUGCUGAGCAGCGUUUCCUUGAAGUCAUGUAUGGUGCCAAGAAGAGCUGCACUCCUCGCUGGAAACUGUGCGUCAGUGACACAGACAGCGCGCUAGGCUUCGCCUUAGGGGCUCUAUUUGUCAAAGCCACCUUCGCUGAGGACAGCAAGGCCUUUGCGGAAAAUAUGGUCUCGGAAAUCAAAUGGGCCUUUGAGGACGGCUUGAAACACGCGAGUUGGAUGGAUGGUGAAACCAAAAAGGCAGCCAAAGAGAAGGCGGAUGCAAUAUACAAUAUGAUAGGCUACCCAAAGUUCAUCAUGGAUCCCAAGGAGCUAGACAAAGUGUUCAAUGAAUUUGAAGUCGUGCCAGAUUUAUACUUCCAGAACGUCAUGCAAUACUACAACUUCUCAGGCCGGGUCACGGCUGACCAGCUGAGAAAAGCCCCAAACAGAGAUCAAUGGAGUAUGACCCCACCUACAGUGAAUGCCUAUUACAACCCCACAAAGAAUGAGAUGGUACUUCCUGCUGGCAUCCUUCAAACCCCCUUCUACAGUCAUUCCUGGCCAAAAGCCCUGACUUUCGGUGGCAUUGGUGUCGUUAUGGGUCAUGAGCUGACUCAUGCAUUUGAUGAUCAAGGAAGAGAAUAUGAUAAGGAUGGUAACUUGCGCUCCUGGUGGAAGAACGAAUCAGUGAAUGCAUUUAAGCAGCAGACUCAGUGCUUGGUGGAGCAAUACAGCAACUACAGCAUUAACAAGGAAGCCCUGAAUGGCAAGCACACUCUUGGUGAGAACAUCGCUGACAAUGGUGGCCUCAAAGCAGCAUACAAGGCUUAUGUGAACUGGAUCCAGAAAAAUGGGGAGGAGGCUACGCUGCCCACUCUGGGAAUGACAAAUCAUCAGCUAUUCUUUGUUAGUUUUGCCCAGGUGUGGUGUUCAGUGCGGACCCCUGAGAGCUCUCACGAGGGUGUGAUCACUGACCCCCACAGUCCCUCACGCUUCAGAGUCAUUGGCACUAUCUCCAACUCCCACGAGUUCUCCAAACACUUUGGCUGUAAGGAGGAUUCACUAAUGAACCCUAAGCGAAAGUGUGAACUCUGGUGACCCCAUUUCCACACUUUGCUGACUCCCAGGAACCUGUGCUUUGCUCCCACACAAAACCCAGAGGACUUGUAUUUAAAUAUGUUUUAAUAUAGGGCUCUAUUUUAUUCUCAUCAGGACUCGCUUACACUGGAAAGCCUGCUGGAUGUUUCGCAUGGGAGAAAGAACUGGUGUUGUAAAUAAAAUGUGUCUUUUAUUUUUUAUUUUUUUUAUUAUAAGCUAUUGUUUUAUAAGGGGAAAUUAUUUUUGUUCAUCUUGUUACAAUGUUUUAUAUAUUUCACAGAAUCCUGUAUCAUACAACAUUACUGAAUGUAGUUCAUGACCGGAAACAGAAGUGUCCAGUCAUUUUAAAUAACAGGCCACAGUGCACAACAGGCUGCAGUUUAUUACUGAGUAAACAAAUUCAACUUAAUAACGUUAUUCCAAAUCCCUUCCCACACACACACACACACACACACACACACUUGUAUAUAAUAUUGGGAUUAUAUACUAUGUCAAGUUUUUAGCUUGCUUUUAUUGACAAAAAAACAGGAACAUAAAAAUGGCAUUUCAUUAGCACUUUUUUCAGUAGAUUACUUUAUUACUCGAUGUUGCCCCCUAGUGUCAAAACAGCGACUAGCUUUUUCAAAAGUUUUUCAAUUGUAAAAUUUAACUUAAAAACAAGAUAUUCAGAAAUAAUUUGUAAUAAAUAAUUAGAACUCUUAUCAUGAUGAAUCCAGCCCACAGGCCAUAUAUUUGACACCCCUGAAUUAGCUUUUUUUCCUGCACAGACUUGAUGGCUCCCUGAUAUAAGUUAUAAGGCAAAUUAUGGCAUGGUAUUUAUUUUUUAAAAUUGACACACUCGAGAGAAGCAAAACUGUUACUGUAGUGGUUUCAUAUGAAUGAAAAAACAGUAAUAACAGUAGAGGAAAAUCUACCUUAAAUAGAAUGACCGAGAAUUUACAGUGAAGUGGCAAUGAUUAGAGAAGAUGGCAUGAAGGGGAAACAAACAGGAACCAGAUAUUCAAGUGCUUACAUUCAUUUCAUUUCAUGCUCUUUUACAUUUUAAUGUGACCUUUGGGUUGAAAUGCUUCCAUUUCAUAGCCUUAGGUUUGAUCAUCUCAAAGAAUUGCUACCCAAAACCAAAUUAAUUUCUUUCUGGAUAAAUCUCUAAUCAUAAUAAAGAAAAAUAUUUAAUAUAAUACAAUAUAAUAUACAAUCAAUAUUUAAAUAAAUCAAUAUUAUUCAAUAAAGAAAAAUAAGUCCUUGGCACAAAAACAUUGCGUGUAAACAAAUACAAUCAUUCAGAUGAAAUAUAACAAUUAGACAAAAGCAUGGUGCCUCAGUAAAUGUGUUGUGAUUAGAUUCAAAAUGCCACCAGUGGGUCAGGAAGUAAAAAAAAAAAAAAAAAUCUCCUCUUUCCUAAUUAUUUACUAGUGUCAAGAUCCAAUGACUAGAUGUUUUAAAGCAUGUCUCAUAAAUCUUAGCUCGAGCCAUAACCGCAUCAGUGUGAUCCAUAUAUAUAUUUACAAUUUCACAGUGAUCACAGAGUACAAAACAUGCUUGGAUUUUUUUUCUUUGUUAUUCUUUUUUUAUUAUUAUUAUUAUUUUGGUUCUCCGUUUGGUUUUCUGGGACAUGAUAUAUGUAUUGUGCAAUACUUAAAAUCUGUUGUUUGUGGGCUAUGUUUGUGGUUUAGACAUUGAACUACUGAUUGAAAGGUUGUGAGUUCAAAUCCCACCACUGCCACUGCUGGGUCCUUAACCAUAAACUGCUCAACUGUAUAAAUAACAUAAAUGUAAGUCGCUCUGGAUAAGACCAUCUGCCAAAUGUCGUGAAUGUAAAUGUAAACGUAUGGCCUGCUGUAAGAAUGUGUGUGUGUGUUUGGGUUUGGAAUGAAUGAAUGAACAUACACAGAGCUUUGUUUGACAAGAUGGGAAAUAUUUGCUGCUGUUCAAAUGUGACAAUUGAGACUGCACACAUUGUUGGUCCAUUAAUAUGACCAGUGUUGAUUAUGAUACAGAUGUAAAAUGUGAAUACAUGUUAUAAUGUUUUUUCUUACCUGGAAGCAAAAAUUGAGAUGCAAUAAAGUUUUAUCCAAAUAAUUCAAUAAUCAUAUAAACUACUCUGAGCAUUUCCCUUAGAAAUAAAGAAGCCUCAGAGGCUUCUUUGUUGAUGUGGUUCCUUUAUAAUCACACCAUGUCACAAAAUGCAUCCAAACCCAAAAUUCAGCAUUAUUUCCUAUUUCAGAUGUAUUCACAGUUAGUUCAAAGUGACUUCUUUACUUCAGGGAUCUCUGGUUUCCCUCCCCAAUCCAAGAGCAUGUGUUGUAGGCUGAUUGGCAUCUUUAAAUCGUCUGUAGUGUGUGAGUAGUUAAGUGUGCAAUUGUACCUUGUGAUGGACUGGCACCCCCCAGGUCCCCAGGGAUAGAUGGAUGAGACUACAGUAACAUUUGAACAUAUGUGUAAUGUACAUAGUGGGAAAAGUGACUAAAAAACAAAUCUUUCUUGCACUGAGUUAUCAGCCUAGUGGGAAGUGUGAUAAUAUAAUCAGUGCCAGGGUGGUGUGAUAUGGCCCGGUGCCAAGCAUAGGAGUCCGGUUUAUACUUGAAGCAUGAUUUUGAGUGUCCUUGCAGAAGCAGCAGCAGUCAUUGUGAGAGUUAUUGUUCACAUAUUUGCCUACUUAUCUUUUGCAGAUCUGGAGGAUUAAAUGUGACAUUCAUUAGAUGGCAGAUUUCCAAGGUUGUUGUUUUUUUUCCAACUACAAAAUGUUUUGUGCACAGCAAUGUUAAACAUAUUAACAUAAAGGUCUGUCUAAACCUUUCACUGUCGUUGUGAAUGUUGUCAUGAGCUGUGUCUCAAUUCAGAAACUCUGACUUUACAUUCAAAAGUAUUUACUAAUCUAGAAAUCUUAAUAAGAAAACUCAAUAACAGUGUGGAAUAGUGCAUAAGCAGGCAAUUUGAGACACAACACUAGCUUGUUUCACAGAGGUAGAUGGACUCUGUAGAUCCUUCUCUGAAUUCCUACUCAAGUGUAGAUAGUCAGGGUUGUGAAUAAGGCUAAGACAGGAUGUACAUUUUAUUUAAAAGUGGCUUGUUUGACUUGAAGGAACCAAGUUAA